GACCCUAAUAUUCGCGUUGUUGACAAUGUGAUCAGUGCCGAAAUGCAGAUUGUAGCUGGUACAAACUGGAACCUGAAAGUAACUAUGAGUUGGACAACAUGCAAGAAAGAAGACCAAGUACAGGACUUAAGUAACUGUGAGAAGGACCUUAGCAAACCUAGCAGUGUCUGUGACGUUGUUAUAUAUGAAAAGCCUUGGGAAAAUUUCAAAGAAGUGACUGGAAUGAAUUGCACAAAUGUGGAACAUUCAAGGGCAAGAAGGAGAGCCGUCGGGAUGUAUUCACCAGUAGAUCUACCUGAUAGUAAAGUCAUUGAAUUAGCACAGUUUGCUGUUGCAUCUAUGGAUGAAGGGAGUGAAGACCCUAAUAUCCGGGUUGUUGACAAUGUGAUCAGUGCCGAAAUGCAGGUUGUAGCUGGUGUAAACUGGAACCUGAAAGUAACUAUGAGUUGGACAACAUGCAAGAAAGAAGACCAAGUACAGGACUUAAAUAACUGUGAGAAGGACCUUAGCAAACCCAGCAGUAUCUGUGACGUUGUUAUAUAUGAAAGGUCUUGGGAAAAUUUCAAAGAAGUGACUGGAAUGAAUUGCACAAAUGUGGAAGAUUCAAGGGCAAGAAGGAGAGCCGUAGGGAUGUAUUCACCAGUAGAUCUACCUGAUAGUAAAGUCAGUGAAUUAGCACAGUUUGUUGUUGCAUCUAUGGAUGAAGGGAGCGAAGACCCUAAUAUUCGCGUUGUUGACAAUGUGAUCAGUGCCGAAAUGCAGGUUGUAGCUGGUGCAAACUGGAACCUGAAAGUAACUAUGAGUUGGACAACAUGCAAGAAAGAAGACCAAGUACAGGACUUAAAUAACUGUGAGAAGGACCUUAGCAAACCUAGCAGUGUCUGUGACGUUGUUAUAUAUGAAAGGCCUUGGGAAAAUUUCAAAGAAGUGACUGGAAUGAAUUGCACAAAUGUGGAACAUUCAAGGGCAAGAAGGAGAGCCGUAGGGAUGUAUUCACCAGUAGAUCUACCUGAUAGUAAAGUCAGUGAAUUAGCACAGUUUGCUGUUACAUCUAUGGAUGAUGGGAGUGAAGACCCUAAUAUUCGCGUUGUUGACAAUGUGAUCAGUGCCGAAAUGCAGAUUGUAGCUGGUACAAACUGGAACCUGAAAGUAACUAUGAGUUGGACAACAUGCAAGAAAGAAGACCAAGUACAGGACUUAAGUAACUGUGAGAAGGACCUUAGCAAACCUAGCAGUGUCUGUGACGUUGUUAUAUAUGAAAAGCCUUGGGAAAAUUUCAAAGAAGUGACUGGAAUGAAUUGCACAAAUGUGGAACAUUCAAGGGCAAGAAGGAGAGCCGUAGGGAUGAAUUCACCAGUAGAUCUACCUGAUAGUAAAGUCAUUGAAUUAGCACAGUUUGCUGUUGCAUCUAUGGAUGAAGGGAGUGAAGACCCUAAUAUCCGGGUUGUUGACAAUGUGAUCAGUGCCGAAAUGCAGGUUGUAGCUGGUGCAAACUGGAACCUGAAAGUAACUAUGAGUUGGACAACAUGCAAGAAAGAAGACCAAGUACAGGACUUAAAUAACUGUGAGAAGGACCUUAGCAAACCUAGCAGUGUUUGUGACGUUGUUAUAUAUGAAAGGCCUUGGGAAAAUUUCAAAGAAGUGACUGGAAUGAAUUGCACAAAUGUGGAACAUUCAAGGGCAAGAAGGAGAGCCGUAGGGAUGUAUUCACCAGUAGAUCUACCUGAUAGUAAAGUCAGUGAAUUAGCACAGUUUGCUGUUACGUCUAUGGAUGAUGGGAGUGAAGACCCUAAUAUUCGCGUUGUUGACAAUGUGAUCAGUGCCGAAAUGCAGGUUGUAGCUGGUACAAACUGGAACCUGAAAGUAACUAUGAGUUGGACAACAUGCAAGAAAGAAGACAAAGUACAGGACUUAAGUAACUGUGAGAAGGACCUUAGCAAACCUAGCAGUGUCUGUGACGUUGUUAUAUAUGAAAAGCCUUGGGAAAAUUUCAAAGAAGUGACUGGAAUGAAUUGCACAAAUGUGGAACAUUCAAGGGCAAGAAGGAGAGCCGUAGGGAUGUAUUCACCAGUAGAUCUACCUGAUAGUAAAGUCAGUGAAUUAGCACAGUUUGUUGUUGCAUCUAUGGAUGAAGGGAGUGAAGACCCUAAUAUCCGGGUUGUUGACAAUGUGAUCAGUGCCGAAAUGCAGGUUGUAGCUGGUGCAAACUGGAACUUGAAAGUAACUAUGAGUUGGACAACAUGCAAGAAAGAAGACCAAGUACUGGACUUAAAUAACUGUGAGAAGGACCUUAGCAAACCCAGCAGUGUCUGUGACGUUGUUAUAUAUGAAAGGCCUUGGGAAAAUUUCAAAGAAGUGACUGGAAUGAAUUGCACAAAUGUGGAACAUUCAAGGGCAAGAAGGAGAGCGUUGUGGCUGGUACAAAUAACCUAUGAAAGUAACUAUGAGUUGGACAACAUGCAGAAAAGAAGACCAAGUACAGGACUUAAGCUAACUGAUGAGUAUGGGGUGCGCAAGAAACUAGUUGCUCUGUAUGAGUCCUCCCAGCUGGUCACUGACGGAGGGCGCCACACGUCGCACUCCUUCCCUGAUACAGAGGCGACCCCUCUCACCGAUCUGGUGGUAGUGGUGUAA